CUCGUCAUGACCCAGGCCGAGCCAGGGUUGGUCCGAACUCGCGAUCGCUUAUAUACUGUCAGGAAAUUUCAUUUCCACCUUUCUCGGCAGCAAACGAAAGCUUUGGCAGCGGAGAGAUAGCAGAGUUCUCUCACCUCUCGUCUCUCUCUCUCAAAGCUUUCACCUCCCUUUCGACGACAAACGCAGCAAUGGCUUUCUCCGAUUCCACCAAGAACUCGCUAAUCCCGAGCUUCCUCUACUCUUCUUCCUCCGUCUCCUCCAAGUCCUUCACCCUCUCCAAGCUCCUAAACUCCAGUCCCGCCGCCUCCCACCACUCCCCUUCCCUCAUGAGCAAGCCCGCCGCCGCCGGUGGCUUUGCUAUCCCCGCUCCCAGCGAGCCCGGGAAGAUCGAGAUGUACUCUCCGGCUUUCUACGCCGCCUGUACCGCCGGCGGUAUCCUCAGCUGCGGUCUCACUCACAUGGCCGUCACUCCUCUUGACCUCGUCAAGUGCAAUAUGCAGAUUGACCCUACCAAAUACAAGAGCAUCUCGUCUGGCUUCGGGGUGUUGCUCAAGGAGCAAGGUGUAAGAGGUUUCUUCAGGGGAUGGGUGCCUACACUCCUUGGUUACAGUGCUCAGGGCGCCUGCAAGUUUGGCUUCUAUGAAUUCUUCAAGAAGUACUACUCUGAUAUUGCUGGCCCCGAGUAUUCUGCCAAGUACAAGACCUUGAUCUACCUUGCUGGUUCUGCCUCUGCUGAGGUGAUUGCUGACAUUGCUCUUUGCCCGUUUGAGGCAGUGAAGGUUAGAGUGCAGACUCAGCCUGGGUUCGCCAGAGGUCUCUCUGAUGGUAUGCCCAAGUUCGUGAGAUCUGAAGGUGUUUUGGGAUUGUACAAGGGUCUUGUUCCUCUCUGGGGACGCCAAAUUCCUUACACCAUGAUGAAGUUUGCUUCCUUCGAGAUGAUUGUGGAGCUCAUCUACAAACAUGCAAUCCCCCAGCCGAAGAGCGAAUGCAGCAAAGGACUGCAGCUUGGUGUGAGCUUUGCUGGUGGGUAUGUUGCUGGUGUUUUGUGCGCAAUUGUCUCCCAUCCAGCUGACAACCUUGUGUCUUUCCUCAACAAUGCCAAGGGAGCUACCGUUGGUGAUGCUGUGAAGAAGAUUGGGAUGGUUGGUCUGUUCACUCGUGGGCUUCCUCUGCGUAUUGUCAUGAUUGGAACUCUCACUGGAGCUCAAUGGGGUAUCUAUGAUGCAUUCAAGGUUUUCGUUGGCCUGCCAACCACUGGUGGUGUUACCCCUGCACCAGCUGCACUUCCUUCUACCGAGACUGCAGAGGCCUAG